GGUGUUAAUACAAAACCUCAAGGACUUAACUGCAAAGUGCUCAAACCUACUCCAAAGCCCUAAACGAGGGUUUCUGCUCCAAAGCCAGACUCCUCCAAGUUCCCAAAAAUCGCCAUUAAUGGCGGAAUCAAUUUGCAGAAACCUUCGAGAUGGUGCUCUUGAAGGAGAGCAUGCACCAGCUCUCACUAUAAGAGAUGCUAUUGAUUCUCCGUUCGGGUUUGACGUCUUCGCUCACGUGCUCUCCCAAUUGUCCUCCUUUAUUUUGGCCGGAAAAUCCCAGUCUCGGGGCGUUGUAGUUGUUGCAUUUACACGAAGCCCGUCGUUUUAUGUAGACUUGCUGAAGAGGAGAGGAGUAGAUGUUUCUUCCUCUCAUAAAUGGUUGCGGAUUUUGGAUUGUUAUACGGAUCCCCUCGGGUGGAAGGAUAAACUUGUGGACUCUGGAAAUCUAGUGGAUACAUCAGAUGAAGCUUCUUGCAUGACCCACCUUUGUAAGGAUGUGAGGGAUUUGGACAACUUAUACUCUUUAAUUCUUGAAUCGGGGAAAGGAUUGGUUGGACAAGGCAAAGUUCAUCUUUCAGUUGCCAUAGACUCGGUAAAUGCAAUGUUAAGACACGCUCCUAUGUCAAGAGUUGCAGGACUUCUAAGCAACCUUCGUAGCCAUGAUCAAGUAUCUUGCAUCUAUUGGUUGCUACAUUCGGACCUUCAUGAAGUGAGGGUGACAUCUUCUGUAGAAUAUAUCUCCUCUAUGGUAGCCAAUGUGGAACCACUAAAUCAAUCUGCUAGGGGGCAGAGAUGGGAUUUGGAAAAUAUUUUUAUGUUGAAACAGAAUUUCGGGAAAGGAAAGCUUAAUGUCAGAUUCAAGCGCCGAAAUGGGCGUGUACGCAUGAUGUGUGAAGAAUUUCAUAUUGAGCAGUCAGGAAUCAAUUUUACACCUGUUUCACCUGAAGAUGGAACUAUUAAUCAAGGCCUUUUGCCAAAGGUACAGUUUAGCCUACAGCUGUCAGAGAAGGAGCAGACUGAAAGGGCUAAGGUUGUACUCCCUUUUGAGCACCAAGGAAAUGGGAAACCCAUACAAAUUUAUGAUGGUCGAAGAUCUAUCACAGAAAACAAAAAUGGGGCCACGCUUGUUUCAACUGGGAAUCCUCAAAAAAAUGAGGCCUCUGGUGAGGGUGAGAUAAUAUACUUUCGUGACUCAGAUGAUGAGAUGCCAGAUUCUGAUGAGGAUCCAGAUGAUGAUUUGGAUAUAUAAUGGGCGUGAUAUAUUAUUAACGCUAGACUGCCAAAAAUUGUAAAUUAUAGCUUCUAAUAUUUAUGCAGUUGAUUUUUUUUCCCA